AAUGCAUUAACACGUUAGACUAAGCCGCGAUGAAGACAGCACCAGACAGCAAACGGUGGACCCAUUUUCACUCGGCACUACAGCUUGCCAUAUCGCGCUCAGCGCACAAAUGGACAUACGAAGAUUUCCAGGAAUGCUUCACGCUCUGGUGCAAGGAAGAGCCACAUGGUGCAGAGGGUAUCUUUAACACUGUCUCAAGGCAUAUGGAAGAUCAAAUCCACCAAAGUUGCGAGAAUCUGUUUAAGGAGUUUAAUGUGAGAGAUAGUAUUAACAUUCUCCAUGCCGUCGUCUCUGAAGCGAGAGCUCGAAAACAACGUGGAGAAAUACAUGGCAAGGAUGUAUGGAGGGAAAACCUCGCGCCGCGUGCUGCUGUUCGUGCACGUACUGUCCGGGUGAUGGAAUCUGAAGUAGAGCGUGCACGAGCAGAAUUACAGGCUCUUGAGGAAGAGAAUGCUGCUCUGUACGCCCGAUGUGAGGAUAAUGACGAAAAUCAGCGUGCUGCAGACGCUAAGACAGUGGAGUUAUUGGAUAUCCUUGAUGAUGUUUACGCAAAGUGGAGUCAGCUCCCGCAGGAUGAAAUAGGUGUAUGGGCUCUUGAAUCAGCGGAGAACGUUGGUUUCGCACAACCACCAUAGAUUGAUGCCGUCACACCAUGAUAUGAGUUUAGGGCGAUGGUAGCAGUCCGCGUUUUUGAUUGAUGAUUACCGCUGUACAAACUAUCGAUAAAUGGCAAGAGGAUUGUACGCUAUUGAUUUGCAUCUCGGAAGCUCCUCAUUAAUCAUUGACUGCGACCAC